AUGAGUGUUAUCGAUCAAAUCAAAAUUCCAUGUGAGUUAUUUCAAAUUAUUGAAGAGUUGCGUUGUCGUAAAGCCAAAGACAAAGAAACUGAAUCUAAUAUGAAAUUGUUAGUUAAAGAAAAAAUUGAGUUGGAAAAAUCAAUGGACACUUUAACUAUGAAGUUGAAACAUUUAGAAGCAGAACAUUUGCUGAAAAUAGAUGAAAUAAAAGUAUCCAACAUAAACCAAUCAGUGGCUAUGGAUGAAAAACUGAAAAAGCAAAAAUUAAUCAUAGAGACAAGUGAUAAAGCCAUUGAAAUAUUGAGAAAUGAAAACAGCAAAUUACAGUUAGCAAAUUUCACACUUGAACGAAAAAUAAAUGAACAGAAUGAAAAGAUUCUUCAUAAUAAUUCUCUGUUACAGAGUUUCACCAAACAAAAGUUGGAUACUGAAAUAUUAUUGAAGAGUUUCAAAGAAAUCACCACAAAAGUGAACAGUGAUUUAUCUAAAUUAGCAUUGGAGGUAAAAGAAAGCAUCAAAGUGAAUUCUCUUUAUUCAGAGGUUAUUAAUAAUUUAAAAGAUGAACUGAAACAGACAAAUUAUAGCUUAGAACUGAUGGAACAAAAAAUAAUUAAUUCCAGUGCUAAUGAUGUAAGAAUGAAGGUAGUUUCUAAUACUUUAGAAACUUCAAUAGAUGACUUUAAGAUUGAGUUGUCUGCAUUACAAAAUUGUAACAAAUCUCUGACAUCUAGAUUAGAAGACAAAGAAUUGAAAUACAAUGAUCUUCUAAAAACAGUUUCUAAUUUUCAAUCGUUACUUAGCAGUUACUCUGAAUCCAAUGCUGAAAAGUCUUUGAAAAUUAAACAGCUUGAAAAUGCAUUGGAGAAAGCAACUGAGGAAAUCUUUCAAUGUAAAAAAGAGCUUGAAGAAAUCAUAUCUUCUAAUGUUAUUGAGAAAAACAUUAUCACCAAAGAACUUGAUGAACUGAAAUUGAAAUAUAAGGAAACCCUCUUGCUUAAUGAAAAUUUUAAAAUGUUAAACUCGGAACUACAAGAUGUUAAUUCUAAUUUGAAAUGUGAAAUGAAAAUUUUGAAAGAAACAGUUGAGCAGAUAAAAGCAAGUGACCAUUCGAAGCAUUCAAACUGUCAGAAUCUUAUUGAUCAAACAAUGUAUGAUAAUUUGAAAAAUGAUGAUAUUUAUCCAGAAUAUGACCACAAAAUUGGGGGAAUUAUAGCUGAAAAUAUUUGCAGGGAUUCAGGUUUAAUUUUUAAGAAUAGAUUAUUAGAUAAAGGAGAUGACAGUAAUGCCUGUAACAAUUUGAUCACAUCAACAAACUUGUCAGGUGCAGGAGAGCUAGGACUAGUUAAUGAUACAAGUUUUGUUACCGAUGCAACCACAGAUGCAACUAAAACAAUGGUUGACUCUGUUACUGCAAAUGCUGAAUCCAUUUUAAAUGUAAAUGGCAUUUAUGUUUAUGACAAUUUUGUUGAUAACAAUGUUGAAGAUGACAUCAGUAAUGAAAAACUAAAAGAAGUUUGCAAUGUCAGUAAUGAUAACAGCGUUUAUGAUAUGCCAAAUUCAAAUUUCAACCAAGAUAUCAAUAAUGAAGAGAUAAUAACAAAAGGUCCUGUUGAAACCAUUGCUGAAGAUUCUUCAAAACAUUUGGUUGAUUCUAAAAUUGUUUGCAUGUACAGAAAAAUGAUAAACUCGUACAAAAAAUCAAAGUAA